CAGACAUUUAUCGGCCGUCAUCGGUGUGCCACCACAAAAAAUAAGACUUCCAAUAAGAAAACAUUAACUCAUACACAGUAAAGCAAUUUUUGGCAAAUAUUAACGAAAUUCAAUAUUUGUGAACCUAUUUAAAAUGCGUUCAAGCCUAUUGCCUCAACUGGAAAGAGUGCAAUAGACAUAGCUGAUAGAAAGCCAACGCAAUCGAAGAUAAAUUUUCCAGCCGUGCAAUUGUAUAUGUGGGACCCACGACCAUGGACGAGAAUAUGUGGAUAAUUGAGCUGGAGUCAGCGCUGCUGGACGACUGCAAUGUGAAUGAUAUCUAUAGCAUUUGCCAGGGCAAGCCCCUACCGGAAGCUCUCCGUCCGGAUGUUUGGCAAGUGUGUCUGGAUGUGAGAAAUAAGAACGACCAAAUGUCGCUUUUCAACGAGAUCUACGAUUUGCCCUUUCAAAGUCAAUUGCGCGAGGAUUGUCAGCGAUAUGUGGACCGCAUUGGCAAUGAUGAGGAGGACAAAGUGUCGGUCGUCUCCGAUCUGGAAUCGAUAAUGACUUUCUAUUGCAAAAAUCGCAACUUGCAAUAUGAGCCAGAGAAUGGUUGGAUCGAACUGCUUUUGCCCCUUUGCGCCCUCAAACUGAAUCGUUCGGAUACCUUCAAUUUAUUUGAGGCUAUACGGGAUACGUAUAUACCCAAAGGCUGCAAGCCCAAAGGCAAUGUCUUCCAUGUAUUUCGCUUGCUGUUGCUCUAUCACGAUCCGGAACUGUGCACUGUGCUGGACACCAAGAAGAUCACACCGGAUCUCUACUCCCUGACGUGGUUUCAAUCGCUCUUCGCGUCCUGCAGCAGUCUGUCUGUGAUCAUCGCCAUGUGGGAUUUGUACUUCCAGAAUGCAGAUCCAUUUAUGGUCUUCUUUCUGGCCUUGAUCAUUCUCAUCAAUGGACGCGAACAGAUUAUGGCCAUGAAGGGCUCUAGCAAGGAGGAGAUCGUCAAGUUUCUCGUCAAUAUGCCGUGCGCCUUGGAGGUGGACGAUGUAUCAGAUUUUUGCUCCCUCGCGCAAUACUAUGCACUUAAGACCCCAACGUCCUUCAAGACCGACUACCUGAAGGCUCUAUAUGGCAAACAGAAUGAUACGCCGCGCAGUCAGGAGGAAUCCAAUAAGGUAUCCCAGGCAUUGUGCCUGCCCGUCUCCGUCUACGAGCUGGUCGAGAAUUCGGCCACAGAGUUCCCAGUGCAGGAUGCCGUGCGUUUCUUUCUCGUGGACUGCCGUCCAGCCGAACAGUACAAUGCGGGCCAUUUGUCAACAGCAUUUCACCUGGACUGCAACCUGAUGCUGCAGGAGCCGGUGGCGUUUGCCACUGCCGUCCAGGGUCUGCUCACCGCCCAGAAGCAGGCCAUCGAAGUCAAUUCUAAUGCGGGCGGCGAACAUUUGUGCUUUAUGGGCAGCGGUCGUGUGGAGGAGGAUCAAUAUACGCACAUGGUGGUGGCUUCAUUCCUGCAAAAAAACACACACUACGUGUCAUUACUAACAGGCGGCUAUGCCUCCAUACACGAUUACUUUGGGGAUCACAUGGCCGACUGCCUGGAGGAUCACAGUGUCAGCAAGUGUCUCGUGUGCCAGCAGCACAAUGUCAAGCAAUCCAAGCCAACGACGCUCAAGGCAUCGACGCCCUCAUCAACAGACCUAUUUAGUAAAUUCUCCGCAGCCAUGAAAUCGAAAUCAGCCGAGGUUAAAGGCCGUCUGCUGGACAUCAUUGUUAAUCCCAGUUCGAAUGGCUCUGGUGCGGGCGCAAGUGGAGCCUCCAACAAUGGUGCUGGCCAAACGCAGGCCGUGCAGGAGCGCCAUGUUAGCGCCAAGGAGCGCAAUGGCAAACGCUAUCGCAAUGUGGCGCCCGUCUUCAGCAUCGAUGAUGAGAACGAGGAUGCGUACGACCCAGCUGAGAAGGAUGCGCCCCAACCCGCUGGCGUUAGCAAGGAGAUUGUCAAUCUCAAUCAAUAUUUCAAGACGGCGGACAUUAUAAAUGCGUUCAAAUGCCAAGAUGUGCACAUCAAUGGCUAUAUGUACGAUAGCCAUCUGAUUAUAACGCCCACACAUUUGGUGGUGCUGCGCGAACUGGGACGUGGCCAGGCACAGAUUAUGGUGCGUCGUCCACUCGCCAGCAUUGUGAAGAUCACCGCCAAGAAGCGACAUCGCGAUUUGAUCACAUUCAAAUACGGCUUUCCCGAUGGCGAUGGAUUGCUCAUCACCGAUAUGGAUCGGUUUCUGAUACCAAAUGCCGCAGAGGCCACGGCGCUUGUCUCCAAACAAAUUGUUCAUGUGCUUGACAAUGCAAAUUAGAUAAAUCAAUAGAUCAGGCCUCACACACACGGACACCCGCAUAUGUUUUCCCUGUAACCCCUACACACACACACACACAGACAGAAAUACAAUUCGUUUAGACCUUUUCUAGUUAUCUAUUUAUUGGCAAUUGUUUCCUUGGAUUAGCCGACAAGUUGUAGCCUUAGCUUUUCUAUUCGAAUGAAUCGGACCCUGUUAUAUAAUUUCUUCUACCCUUUUCAUUGUUAAUUCAUAAUGCAAAUGUAACAUACGACACUUUCAAAUGCGCAAGAUCGUUCACCCUUGACCUUUCAGUGCGAUUCUAAAAUUCUAAGUGCAA